AGGUGGCAAGUGAGGUUGUAUCUCAAAAUGAGCAGCCGGUUUUUGACUGGCGCGCUGGUGACGGCAACAUGCCUAAUAUUUUCAGGUAUCCUUGGCUUCAACUUGGAGCCUAGGAUACCAAUCGUGAAGAUUGGAAACCCAAAUUCUCACUUCGGAUACUCAGUCGCUCAACAUCAAUCUGUCCUCGAGACGAUAUCUUCUAAACGCAGAGUUACUUCUUGGCUUCUUGUGGGCGCUCCGAAGGACCACAACCUGCAGCCCGGCACGCACCGCUCGGGCGCCCUCUGGAAGUGUCCCUUCACGUCCAACUCCUCCGACUGCGUCCAGGUCCACACCGACGGUUUCAAAGACGCCAACGAGAACCUGCUGCCGCCCAACGUCGACGAGAUCAAAGACGACCAAUGGCUGGGCGUGACGGUGAAGAGCCAAGGUGUUGGUGGUGACGUGCUGGUGUGCGCGCAUCGCUACAUGCACCGCGGGCCAGGCUUCCAGUGGGGCUUCGGUCUCUGUUAUUUGCUCAACCAAAACCUGGACAUGACGGAGACCAUGGAACCCUGCAGGGGUAAAGCCGUUGCCAAGGGCCACGAACAAUACGGGUUCUGCCAGGCUGGGAUGAGUGGUCUGCUCCUGAAGGAUGAAGUGGUUUUGGGGCUUCCUGGCCCCUACACCUGGCGGGGGACCGUCCACUCCCACAACAUCUCUAAGGACUUCUUUUCUAGGGACAAGACGCAAUACUUUGGGCCUGUUACAGAGAACGAUUCUCCUGUGGACAAAUACAGCUAUCUGGGCUACUCGGUGACGACGGGCUAUAUAGAGACGGGUGAGCGAGACGAUUUGGUCGUUAGCGCUCCCUUCUACAACACCCGGCACGCGUCAGGCGCGGUCUACGUCUACACGAACGGUCGCACCGGCAUAGACCGCGAUACUCCCUACGCCAGAAUCGAAGGUCCCGCCGGCGAGAGCAGAUUUGGCUUCUCGAUGACUUCGCUGGGCGACCUCAACCGCGACGGUUACCUUGACGUGGCCAUCGGCGCGCCCUACGAGGACAGGGGCGCCAUCUACAUCUACCUGGGGUCUGCUGACGGUCUGGUGCUCGAGCCCUCUCAGGUACUGGGGUCUGCUGACGGUCUGGUGCUGCAGCCCUCUCAGGUACUGGGGUCUGCUGACGGUCUGGUGCUCGAGCCCUCUCAGGUACUGGGGUCUGCUGACGGUCUGGUGCUCGAGCCCUCUCAGGUACUGGGGUCUGCUGACGGUCUGGUGCUCGAGCCCUCUCAGGUACUGGGGUCUGCUGACGGUCUGGUGCUCGAGCCCUCUCAGGUACUGGGGUCUGCUGACGGUCUGGUGCUCGAGCCCUCUCAGGUACUGGGGUCUGCUGACGGUCUGGUGCUCGAGCCCUCUCAGGUACUGGGGUCUGCUGACGGUCUGGUGCUCGAGCCCUCUCAG